CACUCAAAGGUAUGACAAACACGCUGUCCUUUGUAUGUGGGAUUCUCCCCUGGGGAGGGAAAUUUGUUCUUAGGGGGCAUUUUUAAAUAUUUGUAAGCAGUGACCUUGACAAGCAUAUUUUUUGUACAUAGGCUUAUUUCCGGAUGACAGUUUUGAUGAAGCUGUGGCUGAUAUGAUAACCGAUGGUGUCACUGAUAUCAAGAAUGCUGUAAUUAAGGCUCACUUUGAAAAGGAUGAGGCCAAAAAGGAGGAACUCAACAAAGAGUUCUAUGACACCACGCUUCCUGCCCGACUUGAGAAAUUCGACGGCCUGCUAAAAGGUCCUUUCUUUAUGGGAGAGAAGUUGACCUAUGCUGACAUCAUAUUCUUCGACUUCUUCAACAACUUUCUGGGUAAAGGUAAACCGGAAGUUCCUGAGGAGCUCAUUAAAUUCUCAAAGUUAGAGGAACAUUACAAGAAAGUGCGGGAAGUUCCUGGAAUUAAGGCCUGGCUCGACAAACGCCCAGAAACUGAACGUUGACCAGCUGGUUUUACCGUCUAUGUUCGAAGGAACAAGAUUUUUAACUGCACUGGAGACAAAUAAAAGCAAACUUUUUAAGUACUUAA